AACUGAAAGGAAUAAUGAGGAUCUUCAGGUUUGAACAUGGCGGCCUCCUUCGUUUUAUGAGAGCAUUCCAUUUACUCACUACAAUUGGUGAAGAAACAGCCCUUUUGGAAUUUUACGAUUGUGAUUUAAAGUUGGUAGUGGUCUCCCAUGAUCUCCAUGUAAUACUACAUAUCAGACCUCCACUUUUACUCCAUUAUUGCACACCUCAAACUUUUUCAAGGUAUUUCAAAAUUCAUCUUAAGGAACUUUACAAUCUUCUAAGCGAUAAAAUAUGUCAUUCUUCUUGGAUGGACUUCAAUCUUGAUCGUGGUCUACAACCAUUAGCAACCCUUACAUUUCAAAAUGACGAAUCUGGGGAUGCGCCCUUAAGCUUGACUAGUAUAGUAAAGGUAACAAAAGCAGAAGAUAAAGAGGAUUUUAGCGAGGUUACAAGUACAAAAUUUGUCUCACUUGAUUCAAACCAAUUCAAGCGAAUUGUAAGAGAGUUUAUAAGUUUUGACAAAGUUGGUGUUGUUUUGACUAAUUCACAAGUGAUGUUCUCAAGUGAAUCCGGAGAGAUAACUUUUAGUGUAAAGGACAACGAAUGCAUAAUUGGUGGUGUUGAUGUUGAGGAAAGAAUUGAAUACUCAGUAAAGUUGCGACCCACCAAAUUUUUUAACGAUUUGGCAUCAUGGAUAGAAAGGGUAUGGUUUCAUCAUGAGACAACUAAAACCAAUAUUGUAAUGUCAGCUCCAAUUGGCUUUGAAUCUCGACUUACUAUCACUUUACUGGAAUGAGACAAAUCAUGGAAAAAUUAUUCCAAUUCUGUUUGAUAUGCGAUAUCUGUUCAAUAUAAUUCUUGAUCUCUCUUUACUUUUAA